AUGUACUUCAACGAGAACAAGCCGCGCCAAUUGGGCACCACGUUCAGCGGCGACAAAUUGCGGAGAAAGCUGCAGAAGAGUGUUCAACAGCUGAAGCGACACGACGCCGAUGUGAUCGUCUCCGAUACGCCCACAGCGAAGCUCUUUGUGGCGAAUAGCAGCGUGCUUUGCGGUGUCUCGCUGGAAGAACUCGAGGAGAUUUUUGUUGGCUACGAUGCGGAGGCGCAAAUCACUGUUUUCCCGAACAAAAGAGCUUACUCGUUUGUCGAGUUUUCGACACUAGAAAAGGCCAAGCAAGCGUACGAUGAGUUACAUGGAUACAUUCAUCCAGCACUUCGCAGCUCGCAUCUUCCCUUUUUGUGUGCCUACGUAGAAAAUCUUCCCGCCGCUCGUCCCUCUUCAUCUUUACUGCGUCCCAACGAUUUGGUCGUCGUCGAAGAUUUCGUCACUGAAAUCGAAGAGGAAAAGCUUUUGAAUUUCAUCCUUCAACACGCGCAAUGUGAAGUGCUUAAGCACAGAAGCGUUCUCCACUUCGGGCAUGAAUUUGACUAUUCGAGCAACACAUCGUUCAAGAAAUGUGAGCCAAUUCCAAAAGAAAUCGAUGAUUUAAUCAAAGCCGUGCAACGAUAUGGAGUUACGAUUGAGCCUGAUCAGAUAACAAUCAACAUCUACGAGCCGGGCCAAGGCAUUCCCCCUCACUACGACACUCAUUCGGCUUUCGAGGAUCCGGUGAUUUCACUCAGUCUGCUCAGCGAUGUUGUGAUGGAAUUUAAAGAUGGCGCCAAUUCAGCCCGAACCGCCGGUGUUUUGUUACCAAGACGAUCGUUAAGUCUCAUUCAAGGAGAGAGCCGAUAUCGAUGGAAACAUGGUAUUGUGAAUCGAAAAUACGAUGUGAAUCCACUGAAUGGACGGGUAUUCUCGCGAAGGAAACGAGUCUCGAUAACAAUGCGCAAGAUUCGACACAAGCCAUGUGAAUGUGCGUGGAAAGAGUUCUGCGAUUGGGAUCGAGAUGGUGAGAUGAGCAUCCCACAAAACGACUCAUCGGCACGGUUCAUCGAACAGAAUUACGUGUCGAAUGUCUACGAGGAAAUCGCGCCACAUUUUGAUGAAACACGACACUCACAAUGGAAAGCUGUACAGGGAUUUCUCGACUCGUUGCCCGACUAUUCACUCGUUUAUGAUGUCGGCUGUGGUAAUGGGAAGUACUUGAUUGCAAAAGAUCGACUAGUAAAGUUUGGCUCCGAUUUGAGCAUGAACCUUUGUCAAAUCGCCGCAAGAAAGGAUUGUCAAGUAGCGCGAGCCGACGGACGAGCACAACCAUUUCGCCCAAUCGCCGAUGCUGUGCUUUGCAUAGCGGUGUUACAUCAUCUCUCGUCUCAUUCACGAAGACUGGAGAUGGUUUGCGAGUUGUUGCGACUGCUGCGCCCGGGUGGGCGAGCCUGUAUCACUGUUUGGAGCAUGGAUCAAACCGGCGCUCAGUACUCGAAAAUGCGUGAGAACAAAGACGACACCGAAAUGAAUGAACAGAGCAAAGGAGGAGAGAGAUUGCGAGUACACGAUGGGAAAUGCUUUGAACAACAAGAUCUUCUCGUUCCUUGGCAAGUCGAGGGUGGAAGUACCACGGAUGAAAAUAAAGGAAAGGCGUUUCUAAGAUUCUAUCACGUGUUUCGGGAAAACGAACUCGCCGAGUUGUGCCUCGAAACGGAAAUGUGCACGAUUGAGAAGAUCAUCUGCGAACAGGGAAAUUGGAUUGCGAUCAUACAGAAAGUU